GCUAAACUACCCAGCUUUCUGUUAAGCUGAAGAGCUUAAGGGUCCGGCAAUGGAGGGGCAGCUCGACUGGGGAAGGCAGGAGGUGGACGGGUUGAGGAAAGGCCCGUGGACCAGCCAGGAGGACAAGCUGCUCGUUGAGCAUGUCCGGCAGCACGGCGAAGGGAGGUGGAACUCCGUCUCCAAGCAUACAGAGCUGAAGAGAAGUGGCAAGAGUUGCAGGCUGCGGUGGGUUAACUACCUGAGACCUGAUCUAAAGAGAGGCAAGAUCACACCCCAAGAGGAGAGCAUCAUAGUCCAGCUCCAUGCUUUGUGGGGAAACAGGUGGUCGACGGUCGCGCGCAGCCUCCCGGGCAGGACGGACAACGAGAUCAAGAACUACUGGAGGACGCACUUCAAGAAGGGCAAACCGUCCAAGAACAUCGAGCGCGCGAGGGCGCGGUUCUUCAAGCAGCGCCGCGAGAUGCAGAGCCAGCAGCAGCAGCAGCAGCAGCAGCCGCUGGGGCAGGUCGGCAAGGACGACGAGAACCAGCACGGCGGUGCGCGCACCGGCAUGAUCGACGACGUCGGCAGCCCGGUCGAUGACGCGUGCACGGCGAGGACGGUAGCCGAAGCCGGCCGCCAUCACGAGGACCUGAUCAUGCAUGACGCCAUGGACUUCAUGUGCCCCAUGUCGUCCUGCGCCCUCCUCCUCCACGGCGCCGGGCAGGGCGGCGGCGCGGGCAGCUGCUGCGGCUCCACCAGCGAGGAGUACGGGUCGAGCGAAGAGGAUGGCGCCACGUGGGGCACCCUUUGGAACCUCGAGGACAUGGUCGACGACGUCUUCAACGGCGGAGCACGCACGCUGUGGUAGAUAGAUAAAUAGAUUCACCUUGCUCCCGCUAGGUGAUUAACUAGCUGCUGCAUGCGGCAUGCCUUCUAUUAGAGGAGAGAGAAAGAAAGAUAGAGAUCCGAGAGGGGUGCGGGCAGCUAGUUCUAGUUGAUCCUGUUGUCGUGGUACUGUGGAUAAGGACGGAACAACAACUGCCGUACGUCCACUUUGCAGCAGCAGCACCCUCAGCUGAUGACACGUUAAAGCUCCGGAACACUUUCUUUCUGGGAAACAGAAGAGGUUUUGUUGGAAAAAUAAGACAUAUUUAGAUUUAAUUUAAUCUAAAAAUAAUUUAUAAAUAGAAACUGAUAAA